UUUUUACAUGCACGCCAAUUGCAUAUGCAGCCUGCCAUUUUGUGGCCUCAGGUGUAACCUGCUUUAUAUGGUCAGUCGCGAGGCGGAAUCAAUUCAGCAAUGAUGGAAAUGUGUCAUUCAUGUUUGAAUUAAUUCAGUGUGCGUCGGCACCGACGUACUUACGUCAGCGAGUGUGCGGAGGGGCCCUUUGCAGUGACGUUGGAGGAGAGACUGCGAGAGACCCAGACCCGCGCGCACAUGUCUGUUUAUUGCGGGUGUGCUGUUUUUGGUGUGCUGUGGUGCUGUGCUUUCACUGCACAACGCCGCCCUCAUGUGGAAGGAGAAAGGCUUUGAAGACACACACAUACACACACGCUCCCUUUGACUUGUGCUCGUCAUGUUGCCAAGAAGUGGAGUGUGCGCCCUGCCCCUGCGCAGUGUGUGAGAUUGGCAUAGUGCUGGUGCUUGGAACCGAUUAAUUACGCGUUUGACAUUGAUGGACACUCACACAUUAUUUGUAUUUAGGCAUUUCAAAACAAAGGCACCAUCAAUCACCUAGAGUUUGGGCUCGCUAUUAUUAAAGUAUGGCUAUACUCCAUCAUCGCCCACGCACCCAAAGGGAUUGAAGUCUCUUCUUUCCAGCGCUGUAAAUAACUUUUGUGUACCACCAUUUCACAAUGGUGUGUUUAUUGCCGUAUGGUAGUUUGAACAGGAUACAGUUGGUGCCAUAUAGGAAGCGUUCCAUUCACUUAAUCAUCAUGGUGUGAUGUGACACCUCGUCUCAUUUCCCCACAACAACUGUUUCUGAAAGAGAUUUCUUACAUUGUCAUGUUCACGAUGUCAUACCAAGCUAUUUGGCAUCAUGACACGACUAAAUACGACAAUGUAUGACCCAUAAUCCUAUUAACUCACAACAUGAUCCCUACAUGUGUGAAAAUGAGAGAGCUUGUCACUCCAGCCUCCACAGCAGCGUGCAAACCACACCGCACGCCCCCAAAGAUUGUGUCACUCCUUUGCCGGAGGGCGCUACUUUCGCUUUAAAUUCAGCCUCCAACUGACGUAGGCGAUACCUAGCGUUUCCCUCCCCUUCCCCUCGCUCGCGUAUCAAUAGGAUUUUUUUUUAACAUAUCGUCGCCUGGCUUCCCUUGCACCCCAAACCGUUAUCACCGAGGAUGAAUAUCCCGCAUUACCUCAUUCGUGGCAGUCCUGUCACUUACCCCCGCGCACUCGUACCGGAGCUCUUAUUCCGUGUCCGUUUAUGAAAGCAGAGGCAUGGGCAGGGAGGAAUUAUUCUGACGUCCUUGUGCAGCGAAACGACUGACUGAGAGGCCCUGCUUUGCUUUCUUACCUGCUCAUGUUCAUGAUAUUUGAGGGGGGAAAGUGUCAGUAUGUAUCGGUUCGGCGUGUUGAACCCUAUUGUCUGCGCCCUCCCGGCUCUGUCCAUCCUCUGAACUCCACCGAACCGAGCCUAGCCUGUAGGUGAGUCUGGAUCGACUCGACGCGGCUACUAUGCCUAAUCAACCCCCCAGUUCAUGAAACAGUGUUAGAUUGCGCGGAUUGACAGAGGACCCCACUAACCCCAAUCAAAUGAAGAUUCUGAGGCUUUUCCUAAAGAAAGGAGCUCAUAUGCUGCAGUGUCUUUGUGGAAAGCGAUCGAAGCAGACUACAAGCACGAGCGAGCCACAGCUGAAAGGCAUUGUGACGCGACUGUUCAGCGAGCAGGGCUUCUACCUGCAGAUGCAGCCCGAUGGCACCAUCAGUGGAAACAAAGACGAGAACAGUGACUAUACUCUGUUUAACCUCAUCCCGGUGGGGCUGCGAGUGGUGGCCAUCCAGGGCGUGAAGGCCGGACUGUACGUGGCCAUGAACGGGGAAGGCUUCCUCUACACCUCAGAUGUCUUCACGCCUGAGUGUAAGUUUAAGGAGUCUGUGUUUGAGAACUACUACGUCAUCUACUCCUCCACGCUGUACCGGCAGCACGAGUCGGGCCGCGCCUGGUUCCUGGGGCUCAACAAGGACGGCGUGGUGAUGAAGGGCAACCGGGUCAAGAAGACCAAGCCCUGCUCGCACUUUGUGCCCAGACCUAUCGAAGUUUGCAUGUACAAAGAGCCGUCGCUGCACGAGAUCGAGGAGAAACAGCGCUCGCGGAAAGACUCAGGGACUCCCACCAUGAACGGCGGCGAGAAGGUGGUGAGCCAGCAGGACACUACGGAGCAGGACGGCUCAUAGCCUGGCGGCACGCCCCCCUGUGCGGUGCAGUUGCGGCGCGGUGCGGUGAAGUGCACGCCACCACCAAACCCAGCAGCGCAACGCAGCACAGCACAGCACACAACAGCUCAGUGAAGAGCAACGCCUCCCCCCCCCUUGGAGCCGAACUCCAUUUCUUACACCCUGGUCAAGAGAAUUCUAAAACAACGCAACAGCAAUCAACAACAACAACAACGACCAACCAAUCAACCAACAAAACCAAUCAACCAAUCAACACACAGACAUCAACAAGAAGCCAACAGCAGAAGACAACUACAAAACACACACACACAAACAAAAUUCAAAACCCAGACAAGACAAGAAAAAAAGAAAAAAGAACAAAAUAAACAGAAAAACAGAAAAAAAGAAGGAAAAGAAGGAAAGAAGAACAACAAACAAAAAAUGGAAUUCUUGCCUGUGAAAUAUUUUAGAGAAAAAAAAACGGGGGUGGGAAAUAUUUGGAAAUCAGGACAUGAAUUUACAUUUUAUGCAAAAAGCCUGCUGUACGGGCACUGGGAUGUCCACCAUCUUCCUCCUUACUCCUCCUCUUCUUCCUCAUCGUUCUCCUCUUCCUCCCAUGACGAUGUAAACAAUGAUUUUUUGAAUUUUAAGCUUUGAAAAAAAAUAAGCUUUAAGCCAUGGUAGAAAAGAAAACACACACACAUACAUACACACAUACACCUUGAUUCAUGAAUGCAGCUGCACUUUCACACGCUUCUCUGUGUUGUUAACAAUCAUCAAGAAAGUAUUCAGUCAUUUGCUUAUGACGUCUUUUGUCUCUUUCUUCUGUCAUCUGUAUUGUUUGAACUUUUGGCUUUUUUUUGUUGUCUUAUUUGAGGGGUGGGGCAGAGGGUUUUGAUAUGGAUCAUGUAUAUCAUUGGGGACAUUCAUUCAUAUUGUUUUUUUUGGGAGGUGGGGGGUGGGGGGGUGCAGCCUUAGCGUACUGAUCGUUCUGCUCCCCAAUGCAUGUUAGGAACUGUCAGAAAUGUUCUCGUACGUCGUUCAAUGCAGCUAACUGAUUGAUUGAUUGAUUGAUUGAUUGAUUGAUUGAUUGAUUGAUUGAUUGAUUGAUUGAUUGAUUGAUUGGCGGCUGUUGAUCUGUGAUGUCUUACUGUAGGCCAUGAAUGGAAAGAGAACUGUGCCCAAUCUCCUCCUCCUCCCCCUCCCUCUCCUCUGUCUACUCCCCAUGUUCUGGAAAUGCAUGGAAGACAUUGAACAAUCUUGGGAUGGACUGGUGAAUGCUCGAAUGAACUGCUCCCCCCCCCUUUCAUGCACCUCCCUCUUCAGUCCACCCCACGAACCACCCGCACUCCAUCCUCCACAGGUCCACGCUCACGCUCCCCAACCCUGUCCAUGUCUACGCAUUCUUUUAAAGCACUUACCUGAUGUGCAAUCUGGGACUUUUUUUCUCUCUUUCUCUCUCUCGAUCUCUCUCCAGGUUCUCUAGUUUUCCUUUCCUGCCAAAAGCACAGACUGCCCUUCCUGAGCCUGAUUUGGCCAUGUUCCUCCUUCUCUCUCUCUCUCUCUCUCUCUCUCUCUCUCUCUCUCUCUCUCUCUCUCUCUCUCCAUCCCUCCCUCUCUCCCUCCAUCACUCCCUCCAUCCCUCCCUCUCAGAAUGAGAGAAAGCACCUGUGGAACUGAUGAUGAUAAUACAGCCUUCUGCUUGUCCUGUCCCGUUUUAAUCUCUUGAAAGUAAAAUAUCUUAAAAGUAAUAAACUCGUUGAUGUUCAGGUUAAGAAAGUUAAAAAGUUUUCUCUUUUUUUAAAUUUUCGCCAUGUAAACCCGGUUGAAGGAUUUCGAGGUGCUCUCUCAACUCUCUCAACUCUCUCAACCUGAACAGCAUCCCGAUGGAUGGAUUAUAUUAGCAUGAAAGCUUUAGCUACCGUUGCUAAUCGUUGCUACGUACGUCUCUUAAGGCCUGUAUAGACUGUUUGCUUGAGUUUGUUUGUCUGAUGGUCCGUCAGCGAUGAUGCCAAUCUGUUAUUUGUUUGUUUGUGUUAUUAUAGCGGGGGGACGCAGUGUUGAGGCCCAUUCAUGUCCCACGUGUGAGAUGAAUACGGACACGUAUAGAGUGUUUCAAGCGUCCAAACGGUCGAUUUCGUUUGACACAAAAAUGAAAGAAAACCAGAAACUGGAACUGGAAAAAGCUCAGAAGUACGACGGUAUUGAUUAUUACGAAUUAUGUAAGAAACGUAGAGCAUGAAUGGGCCUAUAGUGUCAAUGAUUUUAGGGGGGAGGUGAGUUGUUGGAGCUCAGGGCCCUUGGACUGCUGCAAUAAUAGCAGACGAUGAUGGCUGAGCCUGUGACUGUCCACGCGAGGCCCAAAUCGGUCAGGUGCUGCCAGCCGGGUGCCUCGGAGGCGAAUAUGCACUGCCCUUUACUCACGUAAAAAAAGUAAAAUAUAUAAAAAAUGUAAAAAAUACACUUCCCAUCAGCCCACACCUUUCACGCCUGCCAUAUGAUGUCAUCAUUCAUUGCUGGUCAUCUUUGGGACAUCUUCAGGCAUCUUCAAACACACACACACACACACAUACACACAAAUGCUGGCACACACACACAUGCACGCGUCCAACCCAUUUACAUUACAUGCACGCAAACACACAGUCAGUGUUCCACUUUGAUUUAGUCGAUCCAGGAAGCACAGAGACGCAAAGGAGGUACGGCAUCACAGACGCCAUCUGUGAUUGGUUGGCCCAUUGUUCUUGUGGGCGUGGCCUCAACAGAAGCAGAGGAGAGGGGUCAACCCCCCCCCCCAAUCGCAGGACUCUUUAAGUCUACGCCUCUGAAAUAACAAAUGUCUUCCAAAAUAAUUGAAAUAAAAUUGAAAUAACAAAAAAAAUCAGGGGGAAACGGCACCAGCAUCAGGCACGGGUCCAUCUGCAGGGCAUGCUGGGUAAACAAAAGGAGGCGGGGCUUCCAGCAGUGACUUCCUGUGGGUGUGUGUCUUGUCAUUCAUUGGCCACAGCUACAGAACUGGACACUCCCUCAAUCUCAGUAUCGCCCCCUACUUGCUGGAGGAUCUCAUGUUGUCGCCGCACGCAGGGGUUUGACAUUUAUUGCCAUCUUUUUUGAUGUGGUCUUCUCGCCUGACCUGGACUUUCUUAGUCUUCAUUGAUUUAUUUCAAAUUUUUUUUUGGAUUUUGUGUUUGCUAGCAUAAUGCACCUUUAUUAUUGAAUCACAUUCAUAUGCAUUAUUAACUAGGGGAAAAAACAUUCAAUAUAAGCAGCAGGAUGAAAAAUAUCAUUAAAAAAUAAAAAAAAUAUUA